UGGUCUUACAAAUCGGUUAAAUGCGCGGUUUUCUUAGAGACUGUUUGACGGAGACAGCUACAAUUUGGAACGGGUAUAGUAAUUACCGACACUAAUUGAGGUAAGACCUUAAAUGAAGAAAGUACCUAUCACGAAAAACAACAUUCUAAGAUGUAGCCGUAUGGUGUCUACCAUAUGAAAUGGGUAGAGCCAGUUACCAUGGCCCUGGUAGAUAAAUCCCGUGUGCCAGUAAUUCCCGGGAAAGCAAACAUCGUUCCAAUCAGUGGAGUGAAGACAAUUUUCUUUACGGGCCGGGACGCUCCCUGUCCCCAUUUCGCGCACCACUGCCAAAGGGUGGUGGGGUUGGGACUGCUAGGGUUGACCCACACCCACAUUUUUUCUUAUAUAAAACAGAAUAAGUAUUUUUUUACAAGGGAGCAAAUAUGUUAAUAUUGAUACUCGAGCAAGCGAAAGAUUAGAAAAGUGGAAUUUUGAGGGUUGUGAGUGACUGGGUAAAACAAACUUCUGUACAGUGUGAAACACAAAGUUUUUCACCACACCAACGCGAGGAAACUACUAGCACUUUACAAAUUAAAAUAAAUCCAAAUUAAUGUCCUAAUCAUCACUUAAAAAUCUAUUCUACCUGCUAACCAAAUUACUUUGCCUUUCUAGUGAUAUAAUGUAACUUUCUCAUCAGUUUUUGAAGAAUAAAGAGAGGUUUUACGAGUUGGUAUGGUGACUACUGCUCCGCACAUUAGGUUAGGUUAGCACAAAACAUAUUGAGCCGUAUAGCGCUAUCUUCUUCAGCUAUAACUCGGACGAUUUUUCUUACCAUUCACCAACCAACAACGUCAUACCAAUAAGGGCGUCCGCGAGCUGGUGCGGGUGCACGCUCGCGGGGCCAUUGUAAGUAAAACCCGGCACAAGCAUCCGCGCCAGUUAGCGCUGCUCAUACUUUUUUCGUUAACGCUCACCCGCUCCGUGCAACCGCGCCAGCUCGCGGACGCCCUUAAUCUCCCCGUGGGCAACCCUAGCAAUGGGACUAAAGCGUCCCUGCCUGAAACGCCAUCCGCGCUCACUUUCAAACCACCACCUCCGGGCAUCACACCAUUCCCACCAAAAUUAAAUCCAAUUGCUUAUCCUGCUCUAACUCAUAACUAUAGUGACCUCGUUGCCUUUAGGUAUAGUUUCGAUAACGAUGACCGAGUGAUUCAGUUAAACGUGCCGAUCAACCCGAGAUGCAGCUCUGGAAGCUACAGCUUUUGUUCACCAUCUGCCUGGCAGCAUGUCACGGCGCGCUCCGUACCGCCAACGUGACGACCACGACCUCCGCACCGACGCUACCUACCCUACCCCCUACCCCUACCGAGAACCAGCAACCCUCCAUCACGUGCCCUGAUGACGUCAGUACGAGUCCGCUCCAACGGCUGAGGAGAGCGAUGAGGGAUACAAUGUAUACCCAGAUGAGCAACUUCUUUGAUGCGUUCCUGGUGUUCUACAGUGAUGAGCAUUUGAGCGAGGAACCGCCAGCGGACGAACGACGCCUUCAAUACAUCAGUGGAUGGGACGGAGCAGGCACGGCCGUAGUUCUCGCACAAGGCGAGGCGGCAGUAUGGGUUUCAAGUGGUGAUGUGGGAAGAGCAAGAGCUUCGCUGUCCUGCUCAUGGCUCGUGAUAGACGCUGAUGACUCUGGCCAGCCUAACAUUGCAGAGUGGAUUGCGACCCGCAUCGGCCACACCGGUCGCGUUGGCGCCGACGCGCGCCUUGUCUCCAUAUCCGAAUGGUCAGCAUUGGCCACGGGCUUGCAGCCAAGCGGGAUAUCUCUGGUCCACGUGCCGACUUUGCUAGACCAGCUGUGGAACGAGGAGACGGAGCCGGAACGACGACGUCCUGAGCCUUCGAGGAUUGUUGCUAGCUUGCAUCAAAACGAUUGCACAGGCCUAAGUUGGCGAGACAAAGUAUCGUUCGUGCGCAACGAGCUCCGCGUACUCGGGGCCGACGCCAUGGUGGUGACGGCUCUCGACGAGGUAGCUUGGCUGCUGAACGUGCGUGGACGAGAUCUACCGUACGCACCGCUGUUAAAGGCCUUCGUCGUUGUUAGCACUAGGGAUCUGAAGGUGUACGUGCCGCAGGGCAAACUGUCCAUGCCUGUACGUGAGGCGUUGGCGGUCUAUAACUGCCCGGUUCAUAACAACAAUUGUACCAGCAUAAAGGACUACUCCAUGAUCUAUACGGACCUCCGCCGCAUUACCGACGCCAAGGUGCUCAUCCCCUCUGGAGGAACGUUCCAGAAAGGCGCCUCAGCCGCCAUCGCCCAGAGCGUGCCGCGGGCGCGUGGCUUCUACGUGCUGUCGCCAAUUAUGUACCUGAAAGCGCAGAAGACGAACGCCGAAGUGAAGUGUAUGAGGAAGGCGCAUUUGAGAGAUGCUGUCGCGAUGUGCACGCUGAUCAGUUACCUACAGGGAAUGGUAAAAGGCCAAUCCGAGAUCUCUGUAGCCAUGAAGGUAGACGUGACCCGUGCCACGCAGGCCAACUACGUGGGCCCGGCGAUGCGCACGCGCGUGGCGUUCGGCGCGAGCGGCGCCGACCCUGACUACCGCGCCACGUUGCAGUCGAACAGACAAGUGUUUAGCAAUACUACGCUUGUGAUACAGUCUGGCGGACAGUACAUAGAGGGCACAACCUUGGUGACCCGCACGCUCCACUACGGUGACCCCAAGCUCAGUGAGCGUCGCGCCUACACAACAGUUCUCCGCUCGCUCGCCGCUCUGUCAACCCUGCAGCCGCCGGCGGCGCUGCCGGCCGCGCACGCCGACCCCGUCGCGCGCGCGCCCUUGUGGGCGGCGAGGCAGGACUACCUGCGGCCCACGGGAUAUGGCGUUGGUGCAGCCAAUCAUCGAAAAGAAGACCCCGUAGUCAUCGACUACAGACAAGACAAGAACCUGUACACAUUGUCAGAAGGAUACUUUAUUACAGUCGAGCCCGCAUGGUACGAGCCGGGCAAGUUCGGGAUCUGUCUGGGGAACAUACUGGAAGUGGGAGCCAAGUCCAACGAAUACUUGUACUUCACUGAGGCUACUUUGGUGCCGUUCGAGCGUAACCUUAUCGAGACUUCCAUGCUCACAGAGUAUGAGCUAACCUGGCUGAACAAUUACAACAAACGAAUCCGCGACGUGGUCGGCCCCGAGCUGAAGGCCCAAGGCCUCACGGACGUAUACUACUGGAUGAUGAACAAAACCAUUCCAUACACGCUGCCCUCUAAACAGCCGAAGUGUAAAACAAGCUCUGCGGACUGGAGAAAGCCUGGACUUUCUGUUGUAAUAGGGGGCAUUGUUUGUGUUGUCAGUAUGAUUUUAUAAGCGUUUGUCUUUAAGAUUAGAAAUCAUCAGAAGUAAGUAUGAGGCUCUAAACCAAUUUUACAGUGCUUGAGCACUUUAUGCGGUAAUAAUAAAGAAAAUAGUAAAUAAUAUACAUGCUACUCGAGAAUAUUUAUUACCGAAUACAAUCCCCUGUUGCUUACUUCUGCGGAAUUCUUUCUAAAGCCAAAAACGAUAAAUAAAUAUGGUAAUUAAACUUUUUCUGAUGGUUUUGCUAGCAAGGAGGAUUUUUGAUCCUUUCACCGUAAAUUUGGUAAUUGUAGAAACCAAAUAUACAUUUGUCUUGGCGGAAACACUACCAUGCUCCAAGAUUACGUAAAGUCAAAGAAAUGUAGUGUAUGACGUCAUGUCAUGAUACGGUCAAGGAAUUUAAUUUCAAGUACCGUUUCGUACGUAUGGUUUGAAGUCCUUAGCAACUUUUAUAUUGGUUGUCGCUGUGACAAGGUAUUGAAAGUAAAUUCUUGGGGUUGUCGUUGAGAUUCAUAGCGAAGAGGUCUCGAGAAUAUUAUUUUUGUGUUUUGCUCAUUAAUGUUGUUUAAAGGGUAAUAUUGAUAGCUUAUUAUGCAGUGAACUAACGUAGAAGUGUGCAGCUAAUGAAAAACUAAAAAUCUUGAAACGCGUUUAGGUAACCAUGUUUUAAUCACCAGCUAUCUCUUUACUAAAAGCAACUACCGGACAACGUCAUGCUCUACGAGCACACUUAAAAGUAACUACCGAAAAACGACUUGACAUUGGCAAAAUCAUCAUAGAUUUGAUGGAGGCCAUAUUUAAAAGAAGAAGUAAAUUCUUUGACUGUACCUACAUGAAAUGUUGGUUUUGGUGGAUUUUUCAUAUCAUUUUUGAAAACGAAUAAUUGGCCAUAUUUUAAGGUUGUAACAUACGCGUAAAGUAGUGCAAAAUAUUUGAUACAAUAUUUUACACCACUUUACGCGUCUUAGUUUUCCUUUGUAUGGGUUUUUAGUAAUUCAGCUAGAUUAUAUCUUUGGAUGAUUCCGAUUAUGGUGUUAGUUUGUGACCAUGUGUUAUUUUUGAAGCUCCUUUGUGUAAAGUAUAAAUAUUUAAGAAAUUAAUGUUAAUUUCACCAACGUAAAACUUACGCACUAUAGAUAUAUAUCUAGGAACUAUUUCCAAUAAUUAAGAUAUUAAUAACAAUUUGCGAUUAGAUAGGUUAAGAAUUUCUUCGAAAAGCAAUUAUGUAUAUUAGCAAUAUUUUCGUAAGUUUCAUUUAUUUACUUUAUUUCAAUGUAUUCUCGUAAAUAUGAUUUGAUGCCAGCUCUGCAACUAUUUAAUUUAUCUAUAGGAAACUCCUGUGCAUUUUUUUUAGUAUUGCCACGAAUUCAAUUCAAUUCUUUAUUAUUAUUUUUUUUCCACAGCAGGUGCUUUUUAAAUAAAGUUGAACACAUAAAGGUGCCGAUAAAGAUAAGUGCCUAGUACAUAUGACAAAAAUAUUUCAUUCAAGCAAUACAUAAAUAACAUACAAUUUUUUUUACUUUUGAGAGAUAUCACGUAACUUAUUGCCUCUAUUAUAUACAGUGCCUUUACUGAAGCCUUGUGUAGGUACUAAAUAUUUUUAUAUAGAAUAUAUAAUACUUCUUUUUAUUAAAACAGUUACUUACCUAUAUUUAAAUCUGCAAUCUUCAGCAGUACUGAAAUAAUGGGCAAUAUUAUAAUAUAUCGUCAUACGUACUUAAAGAUGGUGGAAAUAGAUAUUUCAAAAAGUAUUUUCAUUGUUAUGUUAGUAUUACCUCUAUUAUAGAUCGUGUCAUUCAUGAAGACGCAUGCCUUGACUAGUAAUGUCAUGUUAUUAAAGGUUAGAUUUGACAAAUCUGCGCGUCAUCGUUGAUGGCACGAUCUAUAGUGCUGUAUUUUCGUAUGUUCUAUGUAUUUUUUAACAAUACCAAAGAUACACCGAUUGAGUAAGAUGUGUAAAAUCUAAGACAAUUUCAUGCUUCGAAUUUGACAGGUAAACGAGAUGGCGCUGUACGGCUCCAUACAUUUUGCGGUGUCUCUGAUUGUCAAAUGUGACAAUUGCUUGACAAUUCAAUGACCAGACCACAAAACAUAUGGCGCAAUACAGCACCAUCUGUUUUGGAUGUCAAACUAAUGGGCACGUUUUGCUUUUGUCAAUACCAUUAAGCCAAGUAAAUGCUAUUAUUAUUAUACAAUUAGAUGUAAUAUAACCUUAUAAGACCCAAUCUGUUUUAAUAAUGACACAAUCCUAGAUUUUAUAAAUACGGUCUAAUUUUGUUCGUAAAACUAGACCUUGUCAUAGAGAAAUAAGAAGUACAUAGAGUGCUCACUCCAUACAUCAGUUUUGGUACCAAAACGCUUAUUAUUUUCGAAGUCGAUAUCUAGUAUCGAGUAGCGGAAUUAUCAGUACCCCUAGUGUAAAUAAAUUCGAUUUCGAAACGUGACGUACGCGUUUGCGUUUAGUCUCAUUUUGUAUGUGAUUUAGAAAGAGCGCGCCAAGCGGGACGUUUUGGAAACUCAAUAUCCUAUACAAAAUGAGACUUAACGCAAACGCGUUCGUCACGUUAUGAUGUCGAUAAAAUUUACACUAGGGGUACAGUACUGCUACUUGACAAUAGAUGUUGCGACGAACGAAAAGUUAACCAUUUUCAGGUAAUAUUAUAACCAGAGUAACCGGAACUCUAUUUUCAACUCUUACGCUUACUCUGGUUAUAAUAUUAGCUGAAAAUCGUUGAGCAUUAGACUUUUUGUUUGCCGCGACCUCUAUUGUCGAGUAGCUGAGAGUUCAGCUACUUGGCGCUUUUUUUUUUUAAUACUACGUCGGUGGCAAACAAGCAUACGGCCCGCCUGAUGGUAAGCAGUCUCCGUAGCCUAUGUACGCCUGCAACUCCAGAGGAGUCACAUGCGCGUUGCCGACCCUAGCAUUCCCCCUCGUUGAGCUCUGGCAACCUUACUCACCGGCAGGAACACAACACUAUGAGUAGGGUCUAGUGUUAGUUGGCUGCGGUUUUCUGUAGGGUGGAGGUACUUCCCAGUUGAGCUCCGCUCUAGAUCUGGAAUGAUAUCCGCUGUGCUGUGCCCUACCAUACAAAGCGAGAUGACAUUCACAAUGCCCAUACCUCUCUUACUAUUAUUUAUUAUUUGAUACCUAUCAAAGCCGUUGUAUGGAGUGAGCACUCUUUGGUCUUCUUAAUUCUCUUUGACCUUGUGGCUUGUGGGUCGAUAUGCUUAAGAUUUGUCGUGCUAAAAAUAGUACGUUACCUAUAGGUAAGAAUAAGCUAUGCACCGAGUGCCUUACUGAUCCUGUAGUCUGUAUAAAACGCUUUUAGAAUAAGUUAGCAUAAACAUUAUUUAAUAUAGCUACAUAUCGUAGUGCAUUAAAAUCAUGCUCGUGUUUAAUUUUAUUUUUUUCUUUAUACAUACGCUUUGAUAACUCGCUUGCGCGUAUUAAGUAGGUGGUACUUAUUACCACCAGCGUAGGCACUGUUCUUAGGUUGCCACCCCGAUAAAAGUGUCCUUGUCGUGUCCUAUAAUUUUUCAAGUGUUUUGCACUUAAAACUAAAUGAGCCUAUGGAGUUUACGUGUCCUAUGUAUAGUUGCAUUCAUAUAUCUAUACUGUUCCUGAUUUAUCUCUUGAAAGCAAUAUAUAAAAGCAUAUCAAUACAAAUAUUUUUAGGUAAAAAUAUAUUAUUAUGUAAAAAUGUGCAAUCGCGGAGUCACGAGACAGGCGUUGCCUAGUGUGAUCCAAUAAAUUGAUUUAAAUGUAUCUGACUGAUUUAAAAAAUAAAAUUUGGCUUUACUUAAUAUCAAUAGUACUUGGCGAUAUAAUUUAUGGCAAUAUUUAGAAUUCAAGCAAUAUUUUAUUAAUUAUCUCAAGAGAUAAUCUAUCCCAAGGGAUAGAUUGCCAAGCGGACCCGAGGCCUAUGUCCAUGAGCCGUAGCAGGGAUGACACGAGGAAGAUGAUGAUUUUAUUAAUUAUCUCUAUGUAAAGUAAACUCUUAACUGUAAACAUAUAAGUGUUAUACGUUCAAAUUGGCCUCUAUGUAUAUGUUAAUUUUUUGUCAUUUGUGUUUGUUUAUAUGUAAUACACAAACAUAUUAUGUGUGCGGCUGCGUAAAUUUUAAAUGUAUCGUUGUUUGCUGAGAGCUAAAUAAUUGCUUGUAUUAUAAUGCAUAUAGCUAUGAAAAUAAAUGUUCAAUUAAAAA